UUAGCUUUUUCCCUGAACACCACUGGACAAACUGAGACACAUCCAGUUAUUAACUUAAAUACUGUACAUUCAGCAGCUUCUGGAUUUGGGAUACAGACAUCAGAUCACAUUUUGGUUAUGGCAUUUUGGCUACAGAUGGGUUUCCUGCUUGCCAGCUUAUCAUCAGCUGUGAGAGGGCGAGUGGAAAAACAGCUGUCUCCAGAGUGCAGAGAAUUCCUCUACAUGGGAACACCACCGAAAGGUCUGGAACACCAACCCGUCAGGUAUAUUUGUCAGUUUUACAAUAAGAAGCCACGUUACGUGACUCUGUACAACAUUGAGCAACACAUUCCCAUCUACUCCGCCUACACCUUUAAACGCUCGGAGGGGGAGAAGUGUGUGGAUGUUCCCUGGAUGUAUGAGCCACAGCUGUCCACUUCUUUCGACACAGACGAGAUGCAGCCCUUUCCAAGUGGUUACAUGCACAUGAAUUUUGAAGAUGCCCAAGCAAUUCUUGAUGAUUACACCAAUGCAAUACACUACGAGCGAGGGACCCUGAACCCGGACGAGCAUCAAAACGAACUUGACGACAAGGCCUCCACCUACACCCUCACCAACGUUGUCCCCAUGGUGCCCGACUUCAAUGACAGGAUUUGGAACAAACAGGAGCACAUCAUCCGCAAACGACUUAACAACUACUGCCGCGGGACCGCCUACAUUGUGACCGGGAUCACCACGUCAGGGAAAAUGAUCCGAAGGGAAAACUUGAACCGGAUCGCAGUCCCCACCUACCUGUGGUCGGCUUACUGCUGCGUCGACUACGACCACAACACACCUUUUACAGAGCGCUACAAGUUCCCAUCUUUUGCUCAUUACGGCCUCAACGAUGAUGAGAACAAUGAGAUAGUAGAGAUCCCCGUUCAGAAGCUGAAGGAGUUCCUCAAGAAGACGACAUUUGUGAACCAGAACUUUCAGAUUUUUGUGGGGGACUGCAUUCCUCCAUCAUCCAGUAACUGAUUAAUAAAAGUAGUUUGACAUAAGGUAGCUAAUCUGUGAGUUUAAAGAAAAAUAAAGCUGUUACUAAUACAAAAAAGCAAUAGCUCCACUCUAUUCAAAUCUUUUAGUAAACUAUAUUAAACUAUACCAGGUGCCAGCCUAAAAUAUAAGCAGUUAAACAGAAUUUAAUCAUAAAUUAUGUUCUCACAUGUACGUUUGCUCCACUGUGGCUUGUUAAUAUAAUAAAUGAACGCGGUUGCCGUACUUUUUUUUUUUUUUCAAAUGACUGAAAAGACCACGUUAGUAUCUUUAUGAGAUAAAUCUAACUAUUCUGAACCACCACUCAACUACAUAUAAAUAGUCAAUUAAUCAGGUUGUUGUUAGCGGUUUAUGCCCUCAAGAGCUACUAGCCUGUAACUUUUAGAUGCAUCCCUUCUCCAUCACAUGUGAAUUCAAUAAAAGGCUUAUUACCAGGCCUGUGAAGAGCUGCAUGAUCUGCUGAUGAGGGAACUGAGCCAUUUGAUUCAAGUAUGUUAGAGUAGGGAUGCAUCCAAACUUGUUGGAUAAUAGCUCUCGAGGACUGAACUUUGACAACCCCUGAUAUAAAACAGCCAAAAUUCUCAGGUUCAUAAAAACACAGCAUGAAAGUAAAGUAUGAUGUUUUGCUCCUCUACUUUUGCACUUUUAAGGCUUAUUAAUCAGCAAAAGGACAGCUAUCUGAAGAACAUAACAAAAGCAGAUAUUUAAGCAUGCACAAUGAAAGAACUGUUAAACUCUCUGACCUAGAGGGAAAAUACUCUUUGCGCAUUUGUUUCACCUGUGUUUUAUUUGAAUGUCUACCUGUUUUUUGAGGUUAUUUUCUUGUCAUCUGAUCAGAACUAUCGAGUUAUUUUGCCAGGAACAUUAUUUUAUCAAAUUAACAUCAACUCUCCAACUGCACCGAUACAUUAUAUUGUAAUAAACUGUUGCAUCAAA